UCGUUUAUGGUUAAGGGCUGCUUUUAUAGUUAGGGUUUUUUUAGAGUGUAGCCGAAGACGAGAGGGUUUUAGGGACCCAAAAAAUUAAAAAAAGAAAGAAACAACAAUAAUGGAUUCUUCGGCUCUCAAUUCCGCUGAAAUGCAGCAAUUCCUUAAUCAAGAAAAGGAAAAGGCCAUGGUUAAUGAGAUGGUGGCUAAACUUACUAGUGUGUGCUGGGAUAAAUGCAUCACUAGUGCGCCAGGGAGCAAGUUCAGCUCAAGUGAAUCAGCUUGCCUAUCCAAUUGUGCCCAGCGUUAUAUGGAUAUGAGCCUCAUCAUAAUGAAGCGCUUUCAGUCCAUGCACUGAGAGUUUGCGCAUCAUGUCAUUUACAAGAUGUUACUGCUUGUUAGCCACUAUAUGCAGUUAACUGUAUCAGUAACAAGAUGUUAACUUGUUUUUUUGAAACUAAAUUCCAUCUUAUUUGAUGCUGCA